UCCAUUCGUCUGGACCAACUGUAUCGCGGGGAAUUUAACGUUCGCGCACUCAGCUGUGGGACGGUCCAGCGGUCCAUUCGUCGUCAGUGGCUUUGCUGCUCCAAGACAGCGGUCGUUUCUCGGGGCCGACGAACUCGGAAUUCCGGCAGCCAGCGACCGUCGGAGCUUGCCACAUGAAACAACAAGGCCUGUGAAGCAGCGAGCUCACCGAAUACGUGAACGAAGAGAAGCGCUUUGCCCACUUCAAACAUGGCGAGGCGUAACGCGACCACGACCGUUGGCUACGCAGACGAAAACUCAAGGCCUUUAAAUCUGCCCUCCAAGAUAACAGGGAAUGCAGAGAAGGCCUCCAUGCCAGCUAUCCCCAAGCGACAGGCACUCGGAUGCAUCCAGACCAACCGGGUGGCUGAAAAAAAGCCGUUGGCCAAGCGAGACUGCAGCAACCAGCAAAACGUUGCCCUCAGAAGGUCUGCGCGGCUUGGAGCAACCGCCGCCGAGAACGGUCAACCGACUGGUCGCUUCGAAGUCUUCGAGGAUGGUUCCUGCGGUGCUUCAGACCAGCCCCGCACAACACUCUCGGUUCAAGCGCCUUCAGCGCGCGAACCCAUCAGCCUCGCCGUUCCUGCGGCCUCCGAUAACUCCAUGGUGGUGCCCAUGUCACCAGACUGUCGCAUGGAAGAUGAAGCGCCUGGUGAAUCUCCCAUGGUCCUGGACACGUCCCUUCACACACUGGAGCCCAUGACCUACAGUGACGUCCGGGAACAAGAAUCAAGCGCUGAAUAUGCAAAAGACAUAUGCGCUUACAUGAAGGAGCUAGAGGUCAGGCUUGCCUGCAAAGCAAACUACAUGAAGAAGCAGCCAGACAUAACUUCUACGAUGCGUACCAUACUUGUCGACUGGCUCGUCGAGGUAGCAGAGGAGUACCAGCUCCACAACGAGACGCUGUUCCUUGCAGUCUCCUACGUUGACCGCUUCCUGUCGAGCAUGUCGGUGCAACGCACAAGGCUACAACUUGUUGGCACUGCCUCACUUCUCAUCGCCGCAAAGUUCGAAGAGAUUUACCCUCCCGAAGUGACAGAGUUCGUGUACAUCACUGACGACACAUACACCAAGCAGCAGGUCUUGAAGAUGGAGCAAGUGGUGCUCAAGGUUCUCUGCUUUGACGUGGCUUGCCCGACGGCCUACGCUUUCUUGCUACGUUUUGCAGAAGUUAGCAAGUGCCCAGACACAGUUACCUAUCUUGCCCAGUACUUGUGUGAGCUUGCCCUCAUGGACGACGACCCCUACCUCCAGUACCUGCCCAGCAUCAUUGCUGGUGCAGCGCUCUGCUUGUCCAACCACACUCUCAACAGGCAUCCAUGGGGCCAAGACCUUGUAGAAUUCUCAGGCUAUGAAGUGCACGUUUUCCGGGAGUGCAUCCAUUCCCUGUACAGCACAUUCUGCAAUGCACCCAGCCGUGAACAAAAGGCGGUGCAUGAGAAGUUCAAGCAUUCAAAGUUCAACGCGGUCGCCCACUUGAAGCCUUCUCAAGUGCUGCCCUUCUAA